AUGGCUUCCAGAUCAGAGGAGGAUCUCUGCUGUCCGGUCUGUCAGGAGGUCUUCACAGAUCCUGUUGUUCUGUCAUGUAGCCACAGCUUCUGUAAAGUCUGUCUGAAGAACUGGUGGAGACAAAAUCCAUUACAGCAGUGUCCAGUUUGUAAGAGAAGAUCUUCAAGAGAUGAUCCACCUUUAAACUUGGCCUUGAGGAACCUGUGUGAGUCCUUCUUACAGCAGAGAGAUCAGAGAUCUCCAGAGGCUCUCUGCAGUCUGCACUCUGAGAAACUCAGACUCUUCUGUCUGGACCAUCAGCAGCCAGUGUGUCUCGUCUGCAGAGAUUCACAAAAACACUCCAACCACAGAUUCAGACCCAUCGAUGAAGCUGCACCACAGCACAAGAAGAACCUUCAGGAAACUCUGGAGCCCUUAAAGGAGAAGUUAAAGGUAUAUGAAGAAGUUAACGUGAAGUUUGAUGCAACAGAAAAACACAUCAAGGUCCAGGCCCGACACACAGAGAGGCAGAUUAAGGAGCAGUUCAAGAAGCUUCACCAGUUUCUAGCAGAGGAAGAGGAGGCCAGGAUGGCUGCACUGAGGGAGGAAGAGGAGCAGAAGAGUCAGAUGAUGAAAGAGAAGAUGGAGGCUCUGAGCAGAGAGAUAGCAGCUCUUUCAGACACAGUCAGAGCCACAGAGGAGGAGCUGAGAGCUGAAGACGUCUCAUUCCUCAACAACUACAAGGCUGCAGUGGAAAGAGUCCAGUGCUGCCCCCUGCUGGAUGAUCCACAGCUGCCCUCAGGAGCUCUGAUAGACCAGGCCAAACAUCUGGGCAACCUGGCCUUCAACAUCUGGAACAACAUGAAGGACCUGGUCUCCUACACUCCUGUCAUUCUGGAUCCAAGCACUGCUCAUCCAUGUCUGAUCCUGUCUGAAGAUCUGACCAGUGUUAGAUUAGGAGAUAAACAACAACUUCCUGAUAAUCCAGAGAGGUUUGAUUGUUUCUGGUCUGUCCUGGGCUCUGAGGGCUUUAACUCAGGGACUCACAGCUGGAAUGUUGAUGUUGGAGAUAACACAUGGUGGUUACUGGGUGUUUUAGCAGAGUCUGUCCAGAGGAAGGGAACUUUAGGAUCUGGGUUGUGGGGAAUACUGUUCUAUGGAGGUAAAUACUCAGCAUGUUCACCAUCAGCUCCUUUCACUGAUCUCUCAGUAAAGAUGAAGUUCCAGAGGAUCAGAGUGAAUCUGGACUGGAACAGAGGAAAUCUGUCCUUCUCUGAUCUUGAUACUAACACACACAUACACACCAUCACACACACUUUCACUGAGAGGAUGUUUCCAUUCAUUCUCACUUUGGAUAAACUCCCAGUGAAGAUUUUACCAGUGAAUCAGAUCAGUUAGAGAUAAACAGGAUGAUUAUUAAUGUUUAUUGGGCUGUAACAACUAAUAAAUGUCAGUGAUCAUAUAAGUUGUAGUUUUGUCGUCAUGGUGUUCGGUCACUAUGUCACUGGAACCAAUGAAAACACAUUUAAUAACUGGUGGUGGAAGUAGAUCAUUGUGUUUGGAGUUUACGACACGUUGAAGCUAGAGAUGAUUUUUUCUAUCAAAGGACCUGGAGCAUCAGUUCAUGUGAGGAAAUAACUCACAGCAGAUACUGGACACAAGGUACUGAUAAGAACUGAAUCUGAAUCAGAAUCAGAAAAGACCUUAUUGUCAAGUAUAUCUGUACAUACAAUUUAUUCCCUUAAUGUUUGUUGCAUGAAUAUAAAAAAUAGAUAAACUAGAACAGACUGUUAACAUAUACACAUUCAACCACACAAGAAUUCUAUUAAUUGCAUGUACAACAAAAGGAUCAUUUACAGUGUGAUGGUGGUGGGUUUGAUGUGUUCAUUUACUUUCUAAUCUUCUGUUACAUUGGGUUCUUUUUUUGUAUUUUCAGGACUUGUAUGAAAAUCUGCGGAUGUUUUGAAUAUUUUUAUAAAGAAAUGUAAAAGAUUACAUUGUACAUAUUGGUUUGGACAUUAUUUUUAAAUAUUUACAAGAUUAAAGUAAUAAAAACACAGUA